CUUGCCUUGUAUUGGCUUGUGUUUGCGACUGGCAGUGCUGUCAUCAUCAAACCCGAGACGAGCUGUUUUAAGGUCGCAUUAUUGUCCUCUCUCAAGUCUCCGCAGCGCGCGGGACAGAAUGGCGUCCGCUGUUGUAAGGACGUUUAGCAGGGUACUUCAGUUAAAUGCCAAAAGAAAAGCGAUCACGUUUUCCGGUGUGAGACAUAAGGCUACAGUGCAGUAUGCAUCGCGUCCUGACCUGCCGAAGUUGGCCUACAGGAAAGUGAAGGGGAAGAGCCCAGGGGUAGUCUUCUUACCUGGCUUCGCCUCCAACAUGGGGGGACAGAAGGCUGAAGCCCUGGAGGAGUUCUGCAGAUCCCUAGGUCACUCCUAUUUGAGGUUUGACUACACAGGCUGUGGGUCAUCCGAAGGUGCAUUGGCAGAUUGCAGUGUUGGCACUUGGAAAAAGGAUGUUCUAUAUGUUCUCGAUGAGCUUGUUGAAGGUCCACAAAUCCUGGUUGGCUCCAGUAUGGGAGGCUGGCUGAUGCUCCUGGCAGCCAUAGCUCGUCCAGGGCGGAUUGCAGCCCUGGUUGGCAUCUCAACCGCUGCAGAUCACUUUGUUACCGUCUUCAACACCCUUCCUAUAGAGGCAAGGAAGGCGAUUGAGGAGGAGGGGCAAUGGGUGGUCCCCACCAAACACAACGAGGAGGGCUCCGUCCGAUUCACAGUGGACUUCCUGAAGGAGGCGGAGCAACACUGUGUCCUGCAAAGCCCCAUUCCGUGCACCUGCCCGGUCAGGCUCAUCCACGGGAUGAAGGACCAGGACAUCCCCUGGCACAUCUCCAUGCAGGUGGCCGAGCGCGUCCUGAGCAGCGACGUGGACGUCAUCCUCCGCAAGCACGGCAAGCACCGCAUGACGGAGAAGGAUGACAUCAAGCUCAUCGUGUAUACCAUCGACGACCUCAUAGACAAGCUGACAACGCUGGUUUGAAAGGGCGGCAGGGAGGGAGGGAGGGAGGGGGGGUGUUCGCCACAGGACUAUGCAGUGUGGUGACACCUGCUGGUGUAGUGCACCACUCUGACCUCACGUUCCCCCACACUCAGGCCUGUGUUCAUUGUACCCCGAAGGUGCUACAAACGUACAAACACAACGUCAAAAAGGGGAACUCCCUGAAGUUUUUUUUGUUUGUUUGUUUUUGACAUCCCUGGUGCCAUCUCGGCGUAAUCCCUUCAAUGAGAAAAAUAUCUAUAAAGCAACAAAGUGGUGAUGCAGCAGACGUGCCUUUUUUGAUUUAUGCAUGUGCACCAAACAACCA